UCUAGUGUUACUCCGUUUUCUAAACUUUUUACAACUUAAGCUGUAAUUUGUUUGUAAAAAAUAAUGGUUUAGUGUAUUGCUUAUAAUAUACUAAAGUGAUGACUACUUACUAUUUAUUUUUAUUUUUAUUCAAUUUCGAGUAAUUUUGUUUGAUUCGGAAUGGAAGAAGUGAGGCAGCUGGUACAGGAAGAAGGCAGGGAGGCGAGGAACCUGGUUGCAUUUCAUGUGGCGGUCGAUACACCAAGCCGUGUGUCCCGCAAGCCGCCCCGCGCCGCGCCGCCUCCGCGCAGGGCUCCGCCUCGCGCCGCUCGCUUGCGCUCGGCCUCCGCGGGACGAGACAAACGCUCCGAGCUCAGGGCGAGGUACUGGGCGUUGCUUUUUGGUGAUCUCCAGCGAGCUGUCGGUGAAAUUUACAAUACAGUAGAAGCUCAUGAGAACUUAAACGAGUGCCAAGAAGUAAUAUUAGUCCUAGAAAAUUACACUCGAGACUUUAAAGCUUUGGGUGAGUGGUUCCGACUGAAAUGGGAAUACGAUAAUACUCCUCCGCCUCAGCGGCCGCAGAGCUUAGCAUGGGAGAUAAGAAAGACUGACUUCGUGAGACCAGAGUCUCGACGUACACAUUCCGUAAAAAGUUCGCCGUCAGUGUCAGGUAAAAACAGUCCUUGUCUCUCCGGACAUAAUACACCCAGCGGUAAAAAUAGUCCGAAUUUAACGGGAAAGGCAAGCCCUGGUAGCGGCAAAAUCAGCCCUAGAAUUUCGACAUGCCAUUCCAGUACUAGUCCAAAAGCGAAUAUAGAAUUCUUUACCAACAAAGUUGUAUCGAAAAUCACUGCAAAACCCGAACCUAAGUCCGCCAAGGAAACGACAAGACUUUCAGAUAUUAAGGAAAGAGAUGUUAAAGAAACAGACGAGAAAAUGGAAAACCCUAAAGAGAAAAAAUUAAAAAACGACCUACGACCGCUUGAUAACACCAAGACGGAAAAGGAUAUUCAUAAAGAUGUAAAGUCAACAAUCACAGUUGAAAUUGGCAAAGCCAAAGAACUACCGACAAUGGCUCCAAAACAAGUCGUUAUAAAGUCUUCAAAAUCUAAACCCAAUUCUGAAAAAAUUAAAAAGUCUGAUGUUGAAUUAUCCAAUCAAGCUAAAGCGACCAUUUCUGUGUUAGAAGCAAUGGAGAAUGAGCUCUUGACAACGCAGUUAAUGCAGGUCAAAGUAAAAAAUGAUAAUUUCUUAAAUGAACAAAAGGAAAUUCAAAGAGAAGAAAUGAUUCCAGAAAAUUCAGUCAAUGAAAUGACUUCUAUUGAUGGCAAAAGUGUUAUACAGUCAGACGAAAUAGAUACAACACGUUUAGAAUCUAAUGUAUCACCAACAAAAUCCGAAGAAAAUUUUGCUGACAUAUCCAAUGAAAGUUCGCCAAAAACUUUUAUGGGCAAAGAAGAAAAAAUAUCGAAUCAAAUCAUCAAAAACGAUGAAACUAAUAUUGUUGCCAUUUCUGAAAGAAAUGGACAAAAUAUUGAGAGUGACAUUAUGAAAGACGCAAAUUCUCUUGUCACAAACAAAACAAAUAUGAUAUAUAAAAAUGAAAACGGAGUACACGAUGAUAUCUGUCACGUGACAGAGUCAAUUAUAUCUGUUACAUCUGAGAUAAAUAAUACAGAUGAGGCCGAAAAAAAUGGUCCGAGAAGUUCGGAAUUAACCAAAAUAUCUAUAAAUGAGAAUCAAGAUCAUAAUGAAACGGUGGUUAAUGAUAUGAAUAAUAUGGACAAAAACAAAAAAGAAAUUAUUGAAAAUGGUGUUAUUCAUGAGGAAAAUUUAGAUCACAAAGGCAAAUUAAAUAAAGAGCAGUCAGAAGUCACUAAUAAAACUACUUCUGUUUGUAGCACAAAUAAAACGAAAACUAUUAAUGAAUCUAAAUGUCCGGAUAAACAGUCUGAAAAUAUAAAGAAAACUAACACAGAAACCAAAGAAGAAUCGAAAAAGGAGCACGAUUCAAAAAAAUCAGAAUGUAAACCUAUCGUAGAUUCAAAAACAAAUAUAAAACCUGCUUAUUCUCAAGCAGCAGCAAAACCUAAAUCAGCAAAUGUUGCCAAAACUGAAAUUAAGACACCUACUAGGACUGCAUUGAUCAGAAGUUCGACUGUUGUAGAAAUGCGACCCACCACUGCGCCGAGAACCCAACGACCAUUCCAAAAAAGGAAUCAAAUGAAUAAAUGCAGCUAUCCUUUCAACUUGACAACUAGCCGAACUAGUCUGUUUCAAACCCCACCAGCUACUAAUACUGUGAAUAAGGUAACAUUACCUAAACGUCCAAUAAAUAAAAUCAAUCAUUUAGCUUCUGGUGACACUAAAGCGAUUUCUAAUAGAGGAAACAUUAAUAAGAGGCCUCCGAGACCGACCUCUUUGAAAAUCAAUGGAAAGGGAGACAAGAAAGAAAGCGCGAACUCUACAUUAAAUAAGAUAAAAGAUUCCGUUGAAUACAGUAGUUGUGAUACAAUUGUAACUCAAAUAGACAUGUCCAGAAUUGAAUCAAGCGAGAGCUUGAAGACAUUAGUACCGGAUGACACACAAUUGCAUGAUAUAGCAAAUUCAAUAGAAGUGCUAAACGUCGACGAAAAAAAUGACAAUGAAGGAUGGUUAACUGUGAAAUCUAAGCGCUUGAGUCGGGAAUCCAAGAAGCAGCUAAAAUCUCACUGGGCGAACCGAUUCAACCAACCUUCAGCCACAACUAGUUUGCCGACGUUAAACAUGUUGGAAUCACCUAAAGAAGAAAACAUCGCUAUAAUAGAAUCAGCUAAAACCACUAAAAUAGAUCGUGCAAAAUCAGAACAACCGGAGACUGCUAAAGUGGAGCGGAAAGUUGAGAAAGUCGUUAAAGUACUUACUACACCAAAAGCAGAAAAUAAAGCAAAAGACCCAGCGAUGAUACGUCAGAAGUCAGAUGUAACCGGCCUUAAAACAAAACCGUCUAGGACCAGACUGACUAGAAGGGCCGGGAAAAUUAAAGACGCGACUAACGACGAAGAACAAUCUGAAUUGACUAAGAAUAGACUACAUUCAUCUUUAGAAAGUCUUACAACUGGUCUAGCUAGAUCACAAGAGAGUACCGAAGAGACAUUCGAUUUCGAUAAGUGGAAAGCUGAAUUUAAAUCAACAUUUAAAUAUUUAGACGAAGACGAUCAAACUUCGAACGAUACUGAAAUAUUAAAGACGGCUGAUCCAUCUGAAAUGUCGGAGAUCGCGGAAAUGACGUCACAGAUAGAAGAGAACGAAAAGAAAAUGGACUGGGCUUUGGAUCUCCAAUCAGAGGCAGAUCAGAAGAAGCUCUGCGAAGAAGAAGAUCUUCUGAACAGGCAGAUAUUGGAAUUGCAGCAAGUUUCAGACAUUGAUGUAGAUACGGAGACAGACGACACAGAGACCGACGCGGAGAUAGUGUGCGAAGAUGUAGGUAACACUAUAGCACCAUCAGAAAGUCUGGGCUCGUUGGCGGCCAGUCUGGAGGACCAGUACGAGACCGCGCUCGCGGGGAUGAGCUGGGCAGAGAGGGUUGAUACAUUAGGUGUGCUGGAAGCGCUCGUGGCUAGAGAUCCAGGACGAGCCCAACAGCUGCAUGCAAAACUUUCUCAAGGUAUCAAGCGGCGUGGAAGUCUUCAAGACGCCCUGCGAAGUAUUCAAGCCAAACAAGCAAGAGCUGAACAAAAGAGAAGAGAGUUGCAGAUGGAGAGAUCUAAGAAGUUACAGCAGUUGUUGGCAAGAGUCGAAGAAGUAAAGGUGGCCAAGGAUCAACUGAUUGAUGACAAGAAAUUGAGGAUCAACCGUCGCCUGGCGAAAGCUGCUGAAAAUCGGGAUCAACAUUUAAAGGGUAUAGUGAGGAAGGCUCACGACGAGGAGGAGAAGCUGCGUGAGAUCGCGUUCAUAAAGCAGCUGGAGGCGGAGAACCGGCGGCUGGAGUUCCUCGCGCAGUGCCGCGCACACACCUCGCGGCUGCGCACCAUGCGCAGGGAGCGCCUGGAGAAACUGGAGGAGAAGUCAGCGCGCGAGGCGGCGGUGUGGGACAGGCGACGUGCGCUGGAGGCUGCGCGACUCAACCGCGUAGAGAGCAUCGUGGAGCGUCGCCGGCUGCUGCACGAGCGCGCGCAGGGGAUGCGCGACCUGCGCAAGCAGGAGAGAGACGACGCCGCCAGGGAGAAGGCGGAAGGUGUAAAAUCCCGUCUAUCAGCGCUAGCGGCGGCGGCGGAACAAGAAGCAGACGCGCUGCGCUCUCGCAUACGAGACAAGCAAGAUGCCAGUCAGCAGAGACUGGAACAGCACCUGCAGGCUGUCAGAGAGAAGGCCACUGGACCUAGACAACCGACGACGUCAGAAAGUCACGAACAGAACGAAGAAGAGGAGGCAAAGCGCUACGAGCAGGAGAGAAGAGAGAGGGAGAGACAGAAGAAUAUCAAGAAGAAAGCGAGAAAGUUGAGACUUAGGUUGCUUAAUAUGAGUCACAACGAUGAUCAGAUACCAACAUACGAUCACAUUGGUGUACCAUUUGGUAACAAAAUGUUUAAAGUCAUACAACAAAUAUGUAAUAUUAUCACACCUUUAUCUAAUGAACAAGAUACGAUAAAACAAAAUGGCGACACCGAAGAUAAAUGUAAAAAAAACAAAUUAUUAAACGGAGAUAUACAUGAUAAACAAACAGACAAACAGAACGAGAAAGUAGAGACGAAAAAGAAGAAGAAGAAGAAUAAAGAAGUAGACAGCGGGAAAGAGAAUGCGAAGAACAACGCUCCUUCAGUGUGCAGUUCUCAAAGUGAUACUUCUAGAAGUAGUAAGAAGGAGACGAAAGUCUGCGUCACAUUUGAUCAGGUCCUUCUUGAGAGGAAUCUUAAUGAAUUAUACAGGAUGAUAGAAAAAAUUGAUAAGUUGUAUCCCGAGCUGAGUGUGUCUCCCAGCGUCAGUGCUCAGAAGAUGUACGGGCUGAGAGCUAUAGGUCAGAUGUUGGCACUCGCCUCGCAGAGGGAGGACUUGGCCGCACAGUUCACACCCAAGUCGUUGUGUACGAGCGUAGCGCUGGUGUCGCGGUGUGCGGGCGCGUGCGGCUCGCUGGCGGCGCACUUGUUGCGUUCCUCAGUCGCAGUACAUCUCGCCACGCUGCUGCACGUCACACUGGAAAAGAAUCUUCAAGAUGAUAACAAAGAGACAGAACUGGCACGUUACUUGAGUGACUGCGUGAGUGUAGCUCUGGACUCUGUGCUUUGUGCCACUCGGCUGUAUGAAGACGGCACCAGCAAUGAAGAUGCCAAAGUGAUCGGUGCGCUGAGGAAUAGAGCGCAUUUGAUCAUCAGUUACUUAUGCAUGAGCGGGUGUUUCGCCCGCGCCGAGGUGGCCGGCGAGGCGCGACAGAGCGUGCAGACAUUACUUACCAUCUGUGCUGAUCUCUGCCAACCUUCUGUCACCGACAUUGGAUGCGAGCGCGCGAUGGCGAAGCAAUCCCUCCGUCAGGCGUUAGGUACGGGCUUGUGCGGCUCCCGCGCAGAAUUCUGCAUGCUGUUCGCGGAGGGUGCAGAUCUAGGGCAUUGUAGUAUUUUUGUGCGUGCUGCGAGGACUGCACACCUGCUGAGAGCCAUCGCCGAGCUGGAUUAUACUAUUGUACAGGAAGCAUUCGGAGAAGGUGGUUGGCCGCUAGAGUUCCGCGCUGCCGUCGCCCGGCUGCUGUCUCAGCACGCGCCCAGCGACAAGGAGGCGCCGCGAGCGCAGAAUAAUAGAAGAGGUCAGCGCUUGGACCAGUCGCUCUCAGAGACAAUGGUGCUGGAUCUGAUCGUGCUCGUCGGCUUUGUGGUAGUCAAUAAUCCUCAAUUACAGGACACGAUCUGCGAGGGUUGGAGCGUGAUCCGCACUUUGUGUACAUUGCCCGCCAACUGGCUGGUGUCUCGGCUGCACAGCCACGCGCUGCUGCCGACAUUGCUGGCGCUGGCCGAGAGACCGGCCACAGCAAACGCGAUCGCGGCUGAGUUCAGCUUGGAUAUGCUCACCACGUUUAUGGAGAGUGAAGACGCUCAGAAAUUGAAAUUAAUACAAAUUAUAAAAGACGCACGUAACAGGAAUAACGAUACAAAUCAUUAAUAACGAAAGCUUGAAUAAUGUAAAAUUAUUCGGAAUUAAACAAACAUAUGUUAAAAUAAACAACGCAAUUGCAAAAACAUAUUAUCAAUUUAAUUGGACGUGUCUAUAUUUAUUGCUCUAUGGUUCAUUCAAAACCAUCUGUUUGUAUGACACUUGUACAAUGUUACCUUGAUUUCUUCAACAAUAUUGAGAGGCAUGUUUUUGUAAGUGUUUUGACAGUGGAAACUCAACACAUGUGUUUAGUUUUGUGCGUAUUGCUUGCCGAUAUACUUACAAAAGUAUAACAAUAUUCAAACUUUAUGACCGCUCGUGGUUAGCUUGGAGUGCAUGUACUGGUAUGUACCAGUCUAAUGAAGGUGUAGGAAAGUGCGUAGUGAUGUCCCGCCUUUGUGUCUUUAACAAUCCCCAGAUACCUAAAAUGUAGUACAACGAAUUCGCUUCUCAUUUUGGAUUAAUAUCUCGCGCACUGAACUGUCACUGUAAAAAAUAUAAUUUAGCACACAUGUGCUGUGAGAAAUUUUCAACCUAAUUGAAUAGUUAGCGUAAUAUUUUGACAAAGGUAUAGUCCUUUUUCAGUUCCUUUGACGGUUACUAACUUCGCGUGACUCUUUGCGCAACACAAUGUUAGGUGUGUGGGGUAGUGUUAGUGGUGCGAGGGGAAAGCACUGCGCAACGCUCAUGACCUAGGGCUGCCAAGAUAUAGAAAAUAAAUUCGAUUGUCUCCGAGCAGCCAUUAAGUUUGGAUAGCACUAUACCUGGCUAUAUAUUAGCGGUCGUGUCUCGUCGUUAGUUUAGUGAUAAAUUGUAGUUUAAACAUGUACUAUCGUUUUAUUAAUAGUCUUGUAUUUAUUUAAAGAAAGGGCUAUUCGGGAUUUUGCAAUUUAAUGUUGACGAUGUUAAGGAAAUUUUGAGGAAUAUAAGCUGGAUUUACACAGUUUUAUGUCCUCUUUUGAAUAUCGACCUUUUUAGCUUUGAGAUUUGAGUCUUGAUUUCUAUUUGAAUUCUGUUAAAUAAUCCAGUAUUAACAUAAAGUUAACACAUUCAAUGCUACAGCGAUUUAUACGUAGUAAAAUUCUGUGCCAUUGAAAACGUUAAAUACUCUGAUAUAAUUGAUAGGAACUUUGCAAUGAAAUAACACAACUCUUUUGAAUCGUUUUGAAGAAUUGUUUCACAAACAAAAACAUAAUAAAAGCUUAUUUUUGAAAAGUUUCUUUUUUUUAAAGUUAAAAUAACUUUCUCCAGACUAUUAACAAAACGAUAUAUUCAAGUGAAUGUUGUGUAAAUGUUAUUAGUUUCAUCAGAUAUAAGUCUAUGUUCCCCGCCUUUAGGAAACUCUGUCAUCUUUCUAAUUUUAUCUCUUACUUUUAUAUCA